CCGAGAACAUGAGCAGCAUGGUUUACCCUUGCAAGGAUGAUUUGGAACAAUUCACAAAGAUGGAGAUUGGAAACCAUACCACAGUGACAGAGUUUAUUAUUUUGGGGUUAACUGAGGAUCCUACACUUUGUGACAUCUUCUUUGUGAUAUUUCUAGGAAUCUACAUUGUCACCUUAAUAGGCAAUAUCAGCAUAAUAAGAAGCUGUUCCCAACUUCACACUCCCAUGUACCUGUUCCUCAGCCACUUGGCUUUUGUGGACAUAGGGCUUUCCACAGUAGUCACACCUAUAAUGCUUAUGGGAUUCCUAAGAUGUGGAACAGCCCUCCCUGUCACUAGCUGUGAAGCCCAGCUCUGUUCUGUAGUCAUGUUUGGGACGUCUGAAUGCUUCCUACUGGCGACCAUGGCCUAUGGUCGCUAUGUGGCCAUCUGCUCACCCCUGGUGUACUCCACCCACUUGUCCCCCAGAAUCUGCAUCCUCUUAGUGGGGGUUUGCUACCUGGGUGGAUGUGUGAAUGCCUCAACAUUUACUAGUUGUUUAUUGAGUCUGUCUUUCUGUGGACCAAAUCAGAUAGAUCAUUUUUUCUGUGAUUUCUCUCCUUUGUCGAAACUUUCCUGCUCAAAUAUCUCCAUUCCUGAAAUUAUCCCUUCCAUCUCUUCUGGAUCUAUCAUUGUGGUCACAGUAUUUGCCAUAGCCAUCUCCUACAUCUACAUCCUCAUCACCAUCCUGAAGAUGCGCUCCACCGAGGGGCGCCACAAGGCCUUCUCCACCUGUACCUCCCACCUCGCUGCAGGCAACUGUCAGAAUAUAUUCUUAGGAUCAAUUUGUAGCAUUUCAGACGACCCAUAA